AUGCUCACAGAAAGCUUCAUUGCAGCGACUCUGACUGCGAAUAAAGCUGCAGCACAUGCCAGCGCCGCCUUGAAAGAUGUAGGCAUUUUCCUUCACGAGUUUCAACCUCAGCGUGUCUUUCGGCAAGGCUUCAAGAAGAGUUCAACUCAACCAGGCUGUGUGGCAAUCAGUGAUUCGCACAUCUUCGCGGCUCAGGCAGACAAAGCAGUGGUGAAUGUCUAUAGUCGAGAAAGGGUCAAUCAAGAAGCCACUGUCCCAUUCCCCGAGCGGGUAUCGAGUCUCGCCUAUGCUAAUGGGGCAGAAAUCUUGGUUCUAGGGACCGAAGGAGGAAGAUUGAUUCUGUGGGAAGUGGCAACGGGCAGAGUAACAAACUCAGCAGCCUCUCAUCUUCAAGCAGUUUCGUGUCUUUGCAUCACUCCUAGGAACGAAUACAUUAUUUCUGGUUCUGCUGACUCGAGUAUUCACGUUUGGUCGCUAGCAAAACUAGUUUCCUUCGCGCCACCUUCAGAUAGCUAUGAGGACGACGGCACGUCAAAUGCCCCUGUCAAGGCCUUCUCCAGGCAUCGAACGGCUCUCAGUGCAUUGAUCUGUGGCCACUCUAGCAUCACCACCAAUUUUGCAGUUUCGGCUUCCAACGAUGGGACUUGCCACAUCUGGCAUAUCGAAUCAUGUCAAGUCUUGCAGACUCUAUUGUUGCCCUCCCAUGCCGUUUCCAUCGCACUUGACCCCGCGGACAGAGCUAUAUAUUUCGGAUGUCAUGAUGGGAGGAUCCAUUCCUGGGACAUCUUUCAGCAAUCCCCAAGAUACAGCAUUUCAUCAUCUGGCCCUUCAACUAGGCCGGCCAUACAACUUAUGGACAAGGACAGUUGGAAAGCCCCAUCCACCAACGUUGGAACGGCAAAUUGUGUCACACUAUCGUAUGACGGGACAUCGCUACUCUCCGGCCACGUGAAUGGAACUGUCAUCCGGUGGGAUGUUGCUAAGCGUCGAAUCCUGCAAGAGAUCACAAAUUUCAGCCAACCAAUUACCAAUAUCGAGAUGCUCAAACCUGAAGGCUUUCCGAACGCGAAAAGACCCAAGUAUACUAUCUCAAGCAUUGUGAAGCCCAAUCUUGAGUUGACCUCGUCGAAGGACAAGGGUACCUGCGGUGUCCCCGCGAAGUACGGUCUCCAUGUCACGAUCACUGCUCCAAGGAACCCAUCCGAACAUGACGAGUUCGAACAAGCUCUUGCAGGUCCGGGAUUCUCCCAAUCUAUGCUGGACGCGGCCGUCCGCUCAUUGGAAUUGGGGAACGCCUCUUCGCAAAUCUCGCUCCCGCCAGAUGCGACCGAGAUAUCCAAAUCAGAAAGACUCGAAGAGGAAGUCUCCAAGUUGAAGCAGCAGCUCGCCGUCCUGCACAACCUGGAAGCAAGUCGAAGGGACAGGAAGCUUACAAGAAUGACCAAGCGAGAUGAGUUGGCGUUGAAGAAGAGAGAAGCAUAUUUUGAAGCGAAAAGGCAGGGAAAGGACGGGGAUGCGGCGAUGAAAAAGUGGGAGAAGAAGGAGGCAGAGCUCGAUCGUGAAAGCGGGGAAGAAGAUCUCGGAGAAGGGGAAGAAAUGGAGGAUGGCUGA